CAUUCAUCCAACAUGUCUUAUUAUAGCUUAGUUAAUACUUUAAGCAAACAAAACUAGCUGGUUAAGUUAUCCACUGGGUGAAACAGUAUAUAUCUGUGCGUAGAGACCACUCGAACGCCUAGAAAGUUCCGAUUCAAACGCACAAUUUACCAGAUCUGCAUUAGAAUGAUCACCAAAUAUUGAGUUUCGCUGAUCAACUCUCUGCAUUUACUUCCGGUAUGUACUUCCAAAAAAUGUCUAAAUAACAAUGUACAAGCAACCGAAAAACAUCCAGUGUGAUAGGAUUGAGCUGUUGUAUUCUUCCGGCCUGAUCGUGGAAGUAAUAUGUGAUUUUUAUUUGGACCUUUUUUGGAAGUACAUACCGGGAGUAAAUGAAGAUACUUGCUCAGCGAAACUCCAUAUUUGGUGAUCAGCGAAUUUACAUUAUAACGCUUACAGUGGGGAAUCGGCGCUUUCUGGAUGUUAGCAUACAGAUACUGGUGCACACACUGGUUGAAUCAAUUUAAUUGGUCAACGUGUUGUGACAUGGAAUCAACGUGAAAAAUUCAUUGGAUUUGAAAAAAGUCAUUAACCAGUACUGUUUUCAUCUAAUUUAAACAAGCGUUGUAAACAUUGAAAUUAGGGUUGAACUCAAAUACAUUGACUUACAGUUUUUGAUGACGAAGAUGAAAAUAAAUUGACUUAUACAGAAAUCCAUCAGCAGUACAAGCAUUUGGUGGAGAAGUUGUUAGAAACCUACAUGCAAGAGGUUGGCAUCGAUGAGCAGCAGUUUUUGGAGGCAUGCUCCUCUCCUUUUGCCAAGUCCAAAACCUUACAGACUGUAUUCCAGCCCGUCCUGGCCACAGACGACUUCCAGAUGUUCAGGUCUCUCAUGGUGCAGAAGAACAUGGAGCUCCAGCUCCAGGCGCUGCAGGUCAUUAAAGAGAGAAAUGGCGCCCUGCCUGAGUGUCUCACAGAUGGCGCAGACGUGAUGAGUGUACUGGAGCAGCAGGAGAUGAAGAUUAUACAGGAGGUUCUGAAGAGGUCAAAGGAGGAUUAUGACCUAGAGAUGGCUCGGCGACUGCAGUCAGAGGAGAUCGGCUCCACGUCCAGAAGCUGCUCUGAUAGGCCAGUUCUAGAGGCAGUCAGCAUCCAGAGGCCCACCUCCAUUCAACAGACCAACAAGCCCAAGGCUGAGGCGAAGGUGUGGGACAGUGGUAGCCACCAGCCCUCUGUCCCUCUGGUCAAUGGAAACGCAACGGUGAACAGUACAUCUCCUCAGAGAGGGGAGCUGAAGGCUGCUGGAGGUAGUGGGCAGAUGAGUCCAGCCAAUACCAGCACAUCUCCCCCUUCUAAGUUGGCAUCAGAACCACGAGUCCUUCCUGCUGUGAGGGUUCCAGUGAAGGGCAUAGAGCUUCCGGCUGUCUCCAGGGAGAAGGACAGCAGCCAGGCAGUAGAGGGCUGGAUAGAAGAGGCACGCAAGGAGGCUGGCAUCUCCAAGCCGUUCACAGAGUUGUCAGCAGAGCAGCAGGUGCAACUCCAGCAGAGGGCGCUGUACCUGAGGCAGCAGAGGGACAAACUUCAGGCCAUGAAAAGAGAGCAGAGACCUAAACCAGCCACACCAGAGGAACCCCCUGCCCCCACUCCCAGCACACCGGACUAUGUUCCCAAAAUGAACAGGGGUGGUGCUAGUAGUGUACAGGAAGAGAUGGUCAAUGCCUCGCAGCCUGCAAGCUCUCUCGUUGGGGGACAUAAACCCAAGGAGAUCUCUGUCGAAGAUAAAAAGAAGUUACAGAAAAGAAAACAUCUGGCUGAAAAACUGAAAGAGGAAGUCAUCAAGAAGUAAAAGCUACUGCAAUAUACACCCCCCCCCCCCCCAAGAGUUUAAUUGUAGUCAAAAUGGCCCGGGACUGUGCUUGAGAAGGGGGCAAAAGGAAAGGUAUUAAAAUGGAUCUUUAUAUAGAAUCAGUGGUGCAUUAAUAUUAACUAUGUAAGAUCAUGUAUGCUGUUUAAUAAAUCCUAUUAUUUUAUACACUU